ACACCAUCCCCCGCCCCCGCCCCCCUCCAAUCCAAUCGACCAAUCCCCCAACCCGACGAGCGCAGCCGUAGCAGGGACGAAUCGGAGGCCGCCCUGUUCCGUCCGGGAGCUCGCCGGAGGAGCCGCACCUCGCCGGUUCCCGAGGUCUUCUAACGGAGCCGGAACAAGCGCAACUCAUGGCGACGAGGCACAACAACCAGCACGCGGCUGCCGCUCCGCAGCCGGCGGCCAACGGAGGUGCAGAAGGCCCGGCAGGGAGGCAGAAGGGCGCCGCCGCCGGUGGCCGCGUUGCUGGAGGAAACAGGCGGGUGCUCGGGGACAUCGGCAACGUAGUCCAAACCACCGUCCUCGACGGGAAGAUCCAGCUGCCGGCGGGGAUCAAUCGCCCGAUCACAAGGAGCUUCGGCGCUCAGCUCUUGAAGAAGGCCCAGGCCGAGCCAUCAAAGAACGACGUAGCUGUUCCUCCAGCAGCGCGGCCCGCCCAGAAGCGGGUUGCCAAGAAGGACCCUGUCAAGGCCGCCGCCGCCCCGAUCCCCGAGCCGGCGGCCGCCAAUAUCGCCACCGGCUCAGACGAAAACAGAAAGCCGUCCGAGGGCGCCGCCGCCGGCGCUGCCCCCAAGAUCUCAAGGAAGAAGGUCGUCCACACCCUCACGACCGUGCUCAACCAUCGGUCGAAGGAGGCCUCGAUUGAUGACAUCGACAAGCUGGACGGUGACAACCAGCUCGCCGUCGUCGAUUACAUCAACGACAUCUACAAGUAUUACAAGGAGGCACAGCACGAGUGCCGGCCCAUCGAUUACAUGGGGAGCCAGCCGGAGGUCAACCCCAAGAUGAGGGCUAUCCUGAUGGACUGGCUUGUGGAAGUCACGCACAAAUUUGAGCUCAUGCCCGAGAGCAUGUACCUGACGAUCUACGUCAUCGACAGGUUCCUCUCCUUGCAGGCGGUGCCCCGGCGAGAGCUGCAGCUCGUCGGCAUCGCGGCCAUGCUCAUCGCCUGCAAGUACGAGGAGAUCUGGGCGCCCGAGGUAGGCGAUUUCAUAUCCAUCGCCGAUAACUCCUACUCGAGGCAGCAGAUCCUGUCCAUGGAGAAGAAUAUCCUGAACAGCAUGGCUUGGAACCUCACGGUGCCCACCCCGUACGUCUUCCUGGUGCGGUUCGCCAAGGCAGCCGGGGGCGACAAGGAGCUUGCAAACAUGAUAUUCUUCUUCGCCGAGAUGGCGCUCAUGGAAUACAAGCUGGUCACCGUGCGCCCCUCGCUGCUGGCAGCGUCUGCCGUGUACGCUGCUCGGUGCACGCUGAAAAGAAGCCCUAUCUGGACAGAAACCCUUAAGCAUCACACCGGACUAGCUGAACCACAGCUCCUGGAGCCUGCCAAGAUGCUAGUCAUGGCUCACGCCGCUGCCCCGCAGAGCAAGCUCAAGGCCAUCUACAAGAAGUACUCUUGUGAGCAGUAUGGGCGUGUGUCCCUGCACGCCCCAGCAGUUGCCCCUCCCCAAAACCUCGCCUAGGCUGCUUUAGGAUUUGUUGCUCGGCUUUCGAUCUUGAAAGCUUCGUUACUUACUGUUACUGUCUGAUACACCAGGGUGUAAACAACAACUAUAUUCUUCAUAUCUUUUAGUGAUUUGCUUGGCUUUCGAAUCAAGAGAGCUGCGUUACUGUACUUACGAUACACCAGAGUGUAACAACAACAGUUCAUAUUUGUGUGAAUCGAAUUCAGAGCUGUCUUUGUUUUA